UAAUUCGCAAGGGUUUCAUUCUAUUUCCAAACCAGUGGUGAGUAGUAGCUGCUGCGAGUUGCUGAGACCGAAACGAUGCCGUGCCUUAACCUCUCCACCAACGUCAACCUCGACGGCGUCGACACCUCUUCCAUCCUCUCCGAAGCCACCUCCACCGUCGCCACCCUUAUCGGAAAACCUGAGGCCUAUGUGAUGAUUGUCCUGAAAGGAUCAGUACCCGUGUCUUUUGGUGGAACUGAGCAACCAGCAGCUUAUGGAGAAUUGGUGUCCAUCGGUGGUCUUAACCCUGAUGUGAAUAAGAAACUUAGUGCUGCAAUUGCUUCAAUUCUUGAAACCAAGUUGUCCGUGCCCAAGUCACGAUUCUUCUUAAAAUUCUAUGACACUAAGGGUUCUAACUUUGGAUGGAAUGGGUCCACAUUCUGAAUACCGUGUUACUUUAAGUGUGGUGCCUUGAAUGGAUCUAUAUUCUGAAUGUUGGAUGGAGCCUUUCUUAUGUUUCACCUCUGCAUUUAUGUCUAUAUUUGAUGUAAUAAUAGUACUCUGGAUUUCUGAUGCCCUAAGUGAGGACAUCAUGCAAAUAUAACUUGAUUGCUUGUAAGGACAUUUGGGGAUUUUGUGUCUUUAUGAUGCUUAUGGACAAUCAUCUUUUUUUUAAUGAUCA